GCCGCGGCCGCCCCCUGCACCGCCCGGCGCGCCCAGGUCGUGACCGGAGCAGGGGGCGCGGCCGCACUCGGACCCCGGAGCCCAUGGGCGCGCCGAGCCGGGCGCGGGGGCGCUGAGCGGCGGAGCGGGAGCGGCCGGAGGAGCCAUGGACUGCAGCCUCGUGCGGACGCUCGUGCACAGAUACUGUGCAGGAGAAGAGAAUUGGGUGGACAGUAGGACCAUCUACGUGGGACACAGGGAGCCACCUCCGGGCGCAGAGGCCUACAUCCCACAGAGAUACCCAGACAACAGGAUCGUCUCGUCCAAGUACACAUUUUGGAACUUUAUACCCAAGAAUUUAUUUGAACAAUUCAGAAGAGUAGCCAACUUUUAUUUCCUUAUCAUAUUUCUGGUGCAGUUGAUCAUUGAUACACCCACAAGUCCAGUGACAAGCGGACUUCCACUCUUCUUCGUCAUUACUGUCACGGCUAUCAAACAGGGUUAUGAAGACUGGCUUCGACAUAAAGCGGACAAUGCCAUGAACCAGUGUCCUGUUCAUUUCAUUCAGCACGGCAAGCUCGUUCGGAAACAAAGUCGAAAGCUGCGAGUUGGGGACAUUGUCAUGGUCAAGGAGGAUGAGACCUUUCCCUGUGACUUGAUCUUCCUUUCCAGCAACCGGGGAGAUGGGACGUGCCACGUCACCACCGCCAGCUUGGACGGAGAAUCCAGCCAUAAAACGCAUUACGCGGUCCAGGACACCAAGGGCUUCCACACGGAGGAGGAUAUCGGCGGACUUCACGCCACCAUCGAGUGUGAGCAGCCCCAGCCCGACCUCUACAAGUUUGUGGGCCGCAUCAACGUUUACAGUGACCUGAACGACCCCGUGGUGAGGCCCUUAGGAUCGGAAAACUUGCUGCUGAGAGGAGCUACGCUGAAGAACACUGAGAAAAUCUUUGGUGUGGCUAUUUACACGGGCAUGGAAACCAAGAUGGCAUUAAAUUACCAAUCGAAAUCCCAGAAGCGAUCCGCCGUGGAAAAAUCGAUGAAUGCGUUCCUCAUCGUGUACCUCUGCAUUCUGAUCAGCAAAGCUCUGAUAAACACUGUGCUGAAAUACGUGUGGCAGAGCGAGCCCUUUCGGGAUGAGCCGUGGUAUAAUCAGAAAACGGAGUCGGAAAGACAGAGGAAUCUGUUCCUCAGGGCGUUCACGGACUUCCUGGCCUUCAUGGUCCUCUUUAACUACAUCAUCCCCGUGUCCAUGUACGUCACGGUCGAGAUGCAGAAGUUCCUCGGCUCUUACUUCAUCACCUGGGACGAGGACAUGUUUGACGAGGAGACUGGCGAGGGGCCUCUGGUGAACACGUCAGACCUCAACGAAGAACUGGGACAGGUGGAGUACAUCUUCACAGACAAGACCGGCACCCUCACGGAGAACAACAUGGAGUUCAAGGAGUGCUGCAUCGAAGGCCACGUCUACGUGCCCCACGUCAUCUGCAACGGGCAGGUCCUCCCAGAGUCCUCAGGAAUCGACAUGAUUGACUCGUCCCCCAGCGUCAACGGGAGGGAGCGCGAGGAGCUGUUUUUCCGGGCGCUCUGUCUCUGCCACACCGUCCAGGUGAAAGACAAUGACAGCGUGGACGGCCCCAGGAAGUCUCCCGACGGGGGGACGUCCUGUGUGUACAUCUCAUCCUCGCCCGACGAGGUGGCGCUGGUCGAAGGUGUCCAGAGACUUGGCUUUACCUACCUGAGGCUGAAGGACAGUUACAUGGAGCUAUUAAACAGGGAGAACCACGUCGAAAGGUUUGAAUUGCUGGAAAUUUUGAGUUUUGACUCAGUUAGAAGGAGAAUGAGUGUAAUUGUAAAAUCCGCUACAGGAGAAAUUUAUCUGUUUUGCAAAGGAGCAGAUUCUUCGAUAUUCCCCCGAGUGAUAGAAGGCAAAGUUGACCAGAUCCGAGCCAGAGUGGAGCGGAACGCGGUGGAGGGGCUCCGAACUUUGUGUGUUGCUUAUAAGAGGCUGAUCCAAGAAGAAUAUGAAGGCAUUUGUAAACUGCUGCAGGCUGCCAAAGUGGCCCUUCAAGAUCGAGAGAAAAAGUUAGCAGAAGCCUAUGAGCAAAUAGAGAAAGAUCUUAUUCUGCUUGGUGCCACGGCUGUUGAGGACCGGCUGCAGGAGAAAGCUGCAGACACCAUCGAGGCCCUGCAAAAGGCUGGGAUCAAGGUCUGGGUUCUCACGGGAGACAAGAUGGAGACGGCCGCAGCCACGUGCUAUGCCUGCAAGCUCUUCCGCAGGAACACGCAGCUGCUGGAGCUGACCACCAAGAGGAUCGAGGAGCAGAGCCUGCACGACGUCCUGUUCGAGCUGAGCAAGACGGUCCUGCGCCACAGCGGGAGCUUGACCAGAGACAACUUCUCAGGACUCUCAGCAGAUAUGCAGGACUACGGCUUGAUUAUCGACGGAGCUGCGCUGUCUCUCAUCAUGAAGCCUCGCGAAGACGGGAGUUCCAGCAACUACAGGGAGCUCUUCCUGGAAAUCUGCCGGAGCUGCAGCGCAGUGCUCUGCUGCCGCAUGGCACCCUUGCAGAAGGCCCAGAUUGUUAAAUUAAUCAAAUUUUCAAAAGAGCACCCAAUCACGUUAGCAGUUGGCGACGGCGCAAAUGAUGUCAGCAUGAUUCUGGAAGCGCACGUGGGCAUAGGUGUCAUCGGCAAGGAAGGCCGCCAGGCUGCCAGGAACAGCGACUAUGCAAUCCCAAAGUUUAAGCAUUUGAAGAAGAUGCUGCUUGUUCACGGGCAUUUUUAUUACAUUAGGAUAUCUGAGCUCGUGCAGUACUUCUUUUAUAAGAAUGUCUGCUUCAUCUUCCCUCAGUUUUUAUACCAGUUCUUCUGUGGGUUUUCACAACAGACUUUGUACGACACCGCGUAUCUGACCCUCUACAACAUCAGCUUCACCUCCCUCCCCAUCCUCCUGUACAGCCUCAUGGAGCAGCAUAUUGGCAUCGACGUGCUCAAGAGAGACCCGACCCUGUACAGGGAUGUCGCCAAGAACGCCCUGCUGCGCUGGCGUGUGUUCAUCUACUGGACGCUCCUGGGACUGUUUGACGCGCUGGUGUUCUUCUUUGGUGCUUAUUUCAUGUUUGAAAAUACAACUGUGACGAGCAACGGGCAGAUAUUUGGAAACUGGACAUUUGGGACGCUGGUAUUCACUGUGAUGGUGUUCACAGUCACACUAAAGCUUGCGUUAGACACACACUACUGGACUUGGAUCAACCAUUUUGUCAUCUGGGGGUCGCUGCUGUUCUACGUCGUCUUUUCGCUUCUCUGGGGAGGAGUGAUCUGGCCAUUCCUCAACUACCAGAGGAUGUACUACGUGUUCAUCCAGAUGCUGUCCAGCGGGCCCGCCUGGCUGGCCAUCGUGCUGCUGGUGACCAUCAGCCUCCUUCCCGACGUCCUCAAGAAAGUCCUGUGCCGGCAGCUGUGGCCAACAGCAACAGAGAGAGUCCAGCAGAAUGGGUGCGCACAGCCUCGGGACCGCGACUCAGAAUUCACCCCUCUUGCCUCUCUGCAGAGCCCAGGCUACCAGAGCACCUGUCCCUCGGCCGCCUGGUACAGCUCCCGCUCUCAGCAGGUGACACUCGCAGCCUGGAAGGGGAAGGUGUCCGUGGAGCCCCCACCCGCCCUCAGCGGUUCCCGUCACCACUGCAGUUCCAGCCCGAGUCACAGCUGCCCUGGGUCCCGUGUUCAACUGCUUGUGUGAUGGAUGGUCCUAAGCCUGUGGAGACUGCACACGCCUCUUCCUGGCCCCCAGCAGGCAAGGAGGGGGGUCACAGGCCUUGCCCUCGAGUGUGGCACGCUGGCCGCCUGGACCCACCGCUGCAGUUGCUGAGCCACACUGGUGGCCCCCGGGCAUUCAGCUUGACUCAGAAGGGACAUCCUGCUGGCGCACCCUGUGUGCUGUCAUGCAGAGGCCAUUCCCCCAGGUCCAUGUCUUCACCCACCUACCAUCAUCCGCCUUUGUCGUCGCUGGGAGAGAAGAGCCGUCCAGGCCCCCAUGGUGGCCCACGUGUGGACAUCUGCUGCUGUUUCCUGCGUCCUUUCCUCGACAACCCUCCAAUCCUCGUGCUGUAGGAAGGGCCAGGUCACUCGGAUACCGUCAUCCCUGUGGACGCACGGCACGUCCUGCUCAUCUGGGAGCGGCUUCCCUGUGGUUCAGUCCAGGCCUGUGUGUCAGGGCUGGCUGAGUUUCGGUCUCCCUAUCAUCGCCUCGUGCAGAAAGCAGUGCCAUGUGGGAGGACAAGGCCACGCCAGUGGCUUCCAGCCCUGCAGCACAAGUGCCAGGAUGUCCAUCAGCCACUCACCAGAGCACGGAGCCGUCAGUCCACUGUUACAAGAGAAUGUUGAUUUCAUGGGUGCGAGGGCCAGGAGACAGAUACUUGAGUGUGAUGGGCAGACAUCCUCUGUCCCCGUGGAGCGGUCACCACCCAGGUGGUGUUGGUGCCCCAGAACCUGUCUCGGGCUGAUGGGGGCGGCCCACAGGACAUGGGGUGGAUCCCAGCAGGCAGCACCGCACCUCUGCCCGCUUCCCACACUGCAGCUCCGCCCGCCAGGCUCUGCAUCCCUUUGCCCCCACAUCCCCAUGUCCCCAUGCAGGGCUCUCCUUCGUCUUGGGAUUCUGUCCAGCGCUGCUCUGGGUGGGUUAGCAACCCAAGGGCUGCUGUGAUACAAAGUCCCUGUUGCUGUCUGUACUGGCAUUUCUAUUUCUGGAAAUAAUCUUUGACGUAGCCUUAAUGGUCCUUAAAGAAGACAUUUCAUUGUGAGGUUCGGUACUGCUGCCUUUCAGGAAAGUACCAGACGCUGGAGGAGGAGCCACGCUGGCCACGCCCGCCCGGAGCCAUGCUGGCCACGCCGUCAGAUGGGCUCCGGCCGGCAAAACCCAGAGGGUGUUUCCGAGGUGCUCGACGGUAGGUGUUUUGGAAGCUCAGAUUUCACCAUUUGAUUGUAUAAUCUUUUACCUGUACAAUAUUUAUUUGAACUGAAGGAUAAAUCGGCGGUAAGAACAGUGAACACAGUGGUCGGGAUAAACUAAGGUGACAGAUAAACACCACACCAAAGAUGAGGGUCGUGAGCAACCCGCUUGAGCAGACAGAACGGGGAGGACUCCACCCUGCCCCGAGGUCCUCGUGCGGCCGCCCUGGCUUGGCAGCCCUGCCCACGCUACCCCCGCAAACAACGGUGUGUGCAUUUUUACAGCCCUUUUUAAGAACCCAAUAUGGGCAUAUAUGUAAUACCUGUAUGGGGGGCAGAUUCUCUGUAUGUUCAGUUAACAAAUUAUUUGUAAUGUAUUUUUUUAGAAAUCUAAAAAUUGCCUUUGCACUGAAGUAUUUUCAUAGCUGUUUAUAUCUCUUUUAUUCAUUUAUUUAACAUAUUGUCUAAUUUUAAAAAUAGGUUUUUAAAGCUUUCAUUUUUAAGUUUAUGUAAUUUUGGCCACUUUACAUUUAGAUUCUGGUGAGAGUUUUGACUGAAUGUUCCAAUCUCUGAUGAAUGUGAAUUUUCAGAUUUGAUUUUAUUCUCUACACACACCUCUUCCUUUCUUGGUAUUUCUGGUGGCAGUGAUUAGUUCAACAGUAUAUUUAAGGUACGAUAAUUUGCUAUACUUUUUCUUUACAAUUUGUUGCAAUUUCCUCUGCUUUCUGUGUUUCAUUGUUAAUUUCCAUCCUUCAGCCUUAAAAAUAGAAGAUUCUCAUGUGAAGGUUUAGUAAGCUGGGUCCCAGCUCUGCCUGUGUGGAGAUAGUCACCAUGUACCUCUGACAACAAGUCUUAGUGUGAAAGUCACUAAACUUUUGCACACUCCCAAACGUCUUUUAAAAAAUUGCUUGGGAAAUUAUUAAAUGAAUGUACCUGAUCAUUUGAAAUCGAUAAGGGGCAUGAGAUAAAAACUAAAAGUAUGAGAAGACUCAGUGAGCGACACGGCAGGGUUUGCACACAAUUUUCCACCUCACAGUAGUUAGUAUUUACUUGCCUUAAACUAACUUUGAAGCAAGUAAUGUCAACUUUGAGCACUCUGUCGAGUUUUGAAAAUCUUAUUUGCUGCUGCACAGGUUAAUAAAUUGACAAUUUGUAAUUCAG